AUGGACGAUGACGACGAGAUUCUCGAGGAUAUCAGCUAUCUCACUGGCCGCGGUUUGGAUGGCUAUCGUCCACUCCAGCGUGCCGUGCAGGAAGCCGAGGGCGCUCCGUGGAUCGCGCGGAUCCAUCUGAAUAGCGCCGUGAUGACCGGCAACAUCACCACCCUGAGAUAUUUGGUGGACGAGGUCGGCGUCAAGACACUGAACACGGAGAGAAAAGGCUACACCCCACUCGAGAUGGCCGUGGUCUGGGGACAGGUAGAGAUCCUGGUCUACCUUCUCACUCGUGGAGCCGACCCCAUGCUGUGGAGACGCGGUAAGUCUGUGGUAGACAAGGCCAGAGUGCGGCAGACCCGGCUGCAG